AUGAGUGGGACAUCUGUUCGCGACUUUGAGGCCCUCGAGAAGCUUGGCGUCGUCGGACACGAUGAGAAACCCGAUAAGCGACGUAUCACCGCCGCCGGACAACGUGAUCUUGACCGUAUUGCCCAGACGAUAGUUGAGGGGCAGACCGAGAACGACGAUGAGAGUGACUGGGCGGAUAAUGUUGAAACAGACUACGGCUCGCGCGGCGAGGGAGUAGCACACUUGAGAACAUCCCGUAGGAUGAAGAUAACACAUCGAUUGGGCUUGUAUCAUGCUGAAAUAAGCUCGUCAGAUACCGCACGGCGUCUGAAGCCUUCUGUGUGUAGCAAGUAG